AUGGCGCUGGACAUGGACAUCGAUGAACUGUUAGUCAUUGGAGAUUUUGACUUGUUGAUUCAUCAAGUCCAAGGCGAAUGGGCCACUAAAAGCGAAAAGUUGUUACCAUAUGUGAAUUUAGCACAUAGAUUGUGCAAGAAGUUAAAAAAGAUUGAGUUUCGACAUAUGCCAAUAGCUCAGAACGAAUUUGCUGAUGCACUGGCCACCAUAGCAUCAAUGAUCCAGUAUCCUGAAAGCAGUCACAUCGAUCCACUAAGGAUAUGCCUGAAAGAACAACAUGCCCACUGUUGCCAUGUGGAAGCCGAGCCAGAUGGCAAGCCAUGGUACAAUGACAUCAAAAUGUACUUGGAAGGACAUGAAUACCUCGAGGGCAUUACAAAUGGACAAAAGAAGACCAUUCGAAAAAUGGCAAACAAUUUCUUCCUAAACAAAGAAGUGCUAUACAAACGGAUGCUAGAUUUGGGUUUGCUCAGAUGUGUAGAUGUCGGCGAAGCCACCAAACUUCUAGAAGAAGUACAUGCGGCAACAUGUGGACCCCACGUGAAUGGAUUCGUAGUAGCAAGGAAGAUUCUGCUAGCUGGAUAUUAUUAG